AUGCAAUUGAACAACUACAUCGCUUUCUUGGCUUUGGCCACUGCUUGUUUGGCCAAGACCAUCCUCUUGACCAACGAUGACUCCUGGGCUGCUACUAACAUCAGAGCUACCUACUACCAAUUGAAGGACGCAGGUCAUGACGUCUACUUAGUUGCUCCAGUUUCUCAAAGAUCUGGUUGGGGUGGUAAGUUCGAUGUUCCAAGUUCGCCAACCUUGGAAACCGACGGUGAAUUUGCCUACGUUAAGGCCGGUGAACCAUCAUGGGGUCACGAAGUUGAUGAUGACCACAUCUGGUACUUCAAUGGUACCCCAGCUUCUGCUGUAGCUUUUGCUUUGAACUACGUCUUCCCAUACUACUUUGCUGAAAAGGGCAACAACGUUACCGUUGACUUGGUUGUCUCUGGUCCAAAUGAAGGUACCAACAUGUCCCCAGGUAUGUACACUCUUUCUGGUACUAUGGGUGCUACCUACAACUCCGUCUACAGAGGAUACCCUGCUGUGGCUUUCUCUGGUUCUAACGGUAACAACUCCUUCUUCAAGGACUCCUUGGACUUGGAAGACAAGUUGGACCCAUCUACUAUUUAUGCUAACUUGGUUGUUGACUUCGUUGCCCAACUUUUCACUGCUCAAGGUGACAACUCUAGAACCUUGCCAUUGGGUGUUGGUAUUAACGUCAACUUCCCUCCAGUUGGCUACCAAAAUGAAUCCUGUAUUGCUCCAAAGUGGGUUAACACCAGAUUGACCGGUGCUUACGCUUCUGGUGCCGACUUGGCCUACAAUGCUACAUCUAAUUCUUUCAUCUGGCAACAAACUUCUUGGUCUGGUCUCCAAGUCUGUUACAAUGGUGACUGCUCCUUGCCAUCUGAAAACUUAAUCGUCCAAUACACAGAAUGUUCUACCUCUGUCAGUGCUUUCUCUGUUGAUUACGACGCUAAGCUCAGUUUGAGUCAAGAAGUCACCGCCUUGUUGGAACCAUUGUUCUCUUAG